UUUAGGUUUUCGUCACAUGGUCUCUCUCUUUGUUUUUCUGUCGUCGAGAGAGAUAAAGAGGGUUUGUGGAGACAGGUUUUUAUGCAAUUUUGGAAAUCAAUCUCUUCUUCUCAUUCAAAUCAACAAGUUUAGUUUCUUGUAUCCUUGACUUUUGAUUGUUGCGGAAACCAAUCAUCGAGAAUGAGUAGCUUGUCGACAUUGAGUUCAUCAGUUCGCUUGGAACAAGGAUGCUGGUUCAAGGGUGAAAGGAAGAUUCGGGUAGUAGCGGAUAAGCGAGUCAGGAGGCCUUCUUCAAUAAGCUUCAGAGUUUCAGCGAAUAGCGCUGAAAAGGAUAUUCGUAUUGGUCUUCUUGGUGCAAGUGGCUACACUGGUGCUGAGAUCGUUAGGCUUCUUGCAAACCAUCCGCAUUUCGGUGUCACUCUGAUGACUGCAGAUAGAAAAGCUGGGCAGUCUAUGGAUAGCGUUUUCCCUCACCUCAGAGCUCAAAAACUACCUAGAUUGAUCUCAGUAAAGGAUGCAGAUUUCUCUACUGUCGAUGCUGUCUUCUGCUGCUUACCUCACGGAACAACCCAGGAAAUCAUCAAGGGACUCCCCUCCGCUUUAAAAAUUGUUGAUCUUUCAGCGGACUUCCGGUUGCGUGAUAUCUCUGAAUAUGAAGAAUGGUAUGGUCAACCACACAAGGCAGUAGAGUUACAGAAAGAAGUUGUGUAUGGCUUAACAGAGUUACUAAGGGACGACAUCAAAAAGGCUCGCCUUGUGGCUAACCCAGGCUGUUACCCAACUUCAGUUCAGCUUCCUCUUGUUCCUCUACUAAAGGCAAACCUCAUCAAACAUGAAAACAUAAUCAUCGAUGCAAAAUCUGGUGUUAGCGGAGCAGGACGUGGUGCUAAGGAGGCGAAUCUUUACUCUGAGAUAGCUGAAGGCAUCUCUUCUUAUGGUGUCACAAGGCAUCGCCAUGUUCCUGAAAUUGAACAAGGGUUGUCUGAUGUUGCACAAUCUAAAGUAACAGUCAGUUUCACGCCGCAUCUCAUGCCAAUGAUACGAGGAAUGCAAUCUACUAUAUAUGUGGAAAUGGCUCCUGGAGUUAGCAUAGAAGAGUUAUACCAGCACUUAAAAUCGUCUUAUGAGGAUGAAGAAUUUGUCAAAGUGUUGGAGGAAGGAGUUGUUCCUCGGACACACAAUGUUAGAGGAUCAAACUAUUGUUUCAUGAAUGUGUUCCCUGAUCGUAUACCUGGACGAGCUAUCAUAAUCUCAGUGAUUGACAAUCUUGUGAAAGGAGCUUCAGGGCAAGCGUUGCAGAAUCUUAACAUAAUGUUGGGAUUACCCGAAACAACGGGACUCCUACACCAGCCUCUUUUCCCAUAAGGUGAUGAGCCUUUUAAAGGGUAAAGAACAACUUCUUGUCUUCUUGUGUGUCUAGAAGAUUUCAUCUGUCUUAAGUUGUUUUUUUCUGCUCUUUUACCUUCAAGGAUCAUUCUAAAGCAAAAUGUGGCUGUGUUGUUUUAUGAUUCAUUAUAAAGACUAAAAGCUCUUCUCUUACCAUUAUAGAUUAUUGGUUUUGUUUGGUUGUUAAUUACGUUACAGAACUUA